UUAGUAGCAGGGAGGAGAGAAAUCAAAUUAUAGACACACAUCAAAAUUUAAUCACAGCUGUUAAUUAGCAGGAGCUCCUCUGUUACCCGGCAUAGUCUCAUUUGUGGAAGAAGCCAGAUUUUGAGUUUUUUGGUGCAAGGGGGGCAAACAUCUGACAGAUGGAUCAAAUGGAUGAACAAGAACGCGAGGAAUUGGUAAUUGAAAUCCCCAAGGAGAAUUCCUUGAAGCUUGAGAAUUGUAUCUACAAUAUUCCAACUACAAUUCCCAUAAUAAAUAAAAAAGCCUACACUCCUCAGGUAAUUUCUAUAGGCCCUAUUCAUCAUGGCAAAAAAAAAUUUGAGAAGAUGGAAAAUCAGAAACUGAUAUAUUUUAAAGAAUUCUGUAAAAGGAUGAGUGGGAAGACUGAAAAGGAAGUUGUGAGUGAUUUUUCGAGCAUUAUUAGAGACCACAAAGAUCGUAUAAGCAGUUGUUAUGUAGACAACUCUAAUUUUGGUGAUACUAGUAAGUUUGUAAAAAUGGUUUUGUUGGAUGCUGUGUUCAUCAUCGAGUUUGUUUUGAGAGGCCUAGAUUCAGAAUAUAAAAAUGAUUUUAUAAUUGGUCAACCAACGCUGAGAAAAGUUGUGGUGCUGGAUUUGUUACUACUUGAAAAUCAGCUGCCGUAUUUUAUUCUCAACGUAUUAUAUGCAGAAUUGAAAGUAAAAGCAAAAUUUUCUGGGCUUGUCUGCGAGUGCUUCACGAUAUACAAUCAGAAUGAAGUCUAUAAGUCUUUGAAGGAUGAUGACAUAUUGCAUUUUGUUGGUUUGAUGAGAUAUUUUUUGUGUGGUGCAUCCCGAGCCUCCCAGACGUGGUCUCCUGAUCAUACGAAACUCAAGUAUAGUGCAAGCAAAUUGCAUCAAGCAGGAGUAGUGUUUAAGGUGGCGGAAGGCAGUAAGUCCUUGCUAGACAUAGAAUUUGAUGUUAAAAGUGGUGUUUUGAAAAUGCCAGUCCUUGAAAUCAACGAAAACUUUGAAAUUGUUUUUAGAAACGUCAUGGCAUUGGAACAGUGUCAGUAUCAAUAUGAAAGUUACAUUUGCAAUUACAUUUUCCUGAUGGAUCAUCUUAUCAACACUGCUGAAGAUGUGGAUUUGCUCACAGAUGCUGGAAUUAUUAUUCAUUGGCUAGGCAGCAACAAAAUGAUGGCGAAUUUGAUUAACAAUCUCUGCCAAGGAAUGGAUGUAUAUGGGUCUUGUUACACUGCUAUUUGUCAAAAGUUGAAUAAAUACUAUAAGAGUAGUUGGAAUCGCAGGAAGGCAACCCUCAAACUUGUCUAUUUCAGCAAUCUUUGGAGAGGUACUGCGACUAUUGCAGCGGCACUGCUACUGAUUAUGACUUUGGCACAAACCAUAAGUUCCAUCAAAUCACUAUUCUAAGCUCUACCAUUGGCAGUACUAGUUUAGUUGUUGUUGGUGUCUCUGUGUGUGUUCUAUCUGUUGUAUUUUCUAUGUAUUUGAUAUUUCCUUCGCAUCUAUAAUUUGGACUAGGUGUUUUAUCCAUCUAGGACUAUUCUUGAAAAGGCAGGUAGCCCUAUUUGCAUUU